AUGAGGAGAAGCUUAUGGAUGGAAUGGAAGAUGUUAGUUCACAGUGUUUUAGAACCUUGGCUCAUCAUAGGAGACUUUAAUGCUACCUUAUCUCCCCAAGAUAGAUUAGAUGGAGUUCCUGUUACAUUGAAUGAAAUCAAGGAUUUUGAAGAAUGUAUUAAAGACAUGGGGGUUACUGAAGUACAGUGGAAAGGUAGUUACUAUACCUGGACAAAUAAACAGGUUGGUACUGCCAGAAUUGCUAGUAGAAUAGAUAGAGCUUUUGGGAAUGAUUUUUGGAUGGACAAAUGGGGUCAUGCUAUUCUAGAAUAUGGGGUCCCAGGAGUGUCAGAUCAUAGUCCUAUGCACUUGCUACUUCAGCAGAGCUAUCACCAGAUCAGAGUGGGAUUCAAAUUCUUUAAUGUGUGGGUUGAGCAUGAGUCCUUUAUGGAAAUGGUGGAUACAAUCUGGAAACAGGACUAUGGAAAUGAAGUAAUGAGAGGAAUAUGGUAUAAGUUGAAGGCUCUCCAGCCAAUCUUGAGGCAAUUGAAUAAGAAAAAGUUCCAAUUCAUAGGCCAGAAGAUUGAGAAGGCAAGAAGUGAACUUAAAGAAAUACAAGAGAAGCUUUACAAUCAGGCAUAA